AUGAGCAACAGCGAGUGGAACGAUCCAGAGGCCAACAGGCUGCCGGAGACGGUAGAGGAGCUGAAGCAGGCGAACGGCCUUCCAAAUGGCCAUGAGCAGAGGAAAAGAGUGGUGGUCGUGGGAUUGGGUAUGGUUGGUAUUGCGUUUGUAGAAAAGCUCUUAAAGUACGAUGUAAAACGCCGCGAGUACGACAUCGUGGUCAUCGGCGAGGAGCCGCACCUGGCGUACAACCGCGUGGGCUUGACGAGCUUUUUCCAGCACAGGCAAGUGGAGAACUUGUACCUAAAUCCAAAAGAAUGGUACUCGAGCAUGCCCGCAGGCGCGCUCACCCACCACAUCAACACCAAAGUCACCUCGAUCUCACCAGACUCAAAACUCGUCACGACCGCCUCGGGCGACCGCAUCACCUACGACAUCCUCGUGCUAGCCACGGGCUCGGACGCACUCUUACCACGCCACACGCCGGGCCACGACGCCACGGGCGUCUUCGUGUACCGCACCAUCGACGACCUGCAGCAGCUGAUCAAGUACGCGAGCACGAAGAAGGGCACGACGGGCGCCGUCGUGGGCGGCGGAUUGCUCGGGCUGGAGGCGGCCAAGGCCAUGAUGGACCUCGAGGAUUUCGGCCGGGUUGGUUUGAUUGAGCGCAACCGCUGGGUGCUGUCGCGGCAGCUGGACGCUGAUGCCGGGGCGAUGGUCGUCGAGCAGGUGCGCGGGCUUGGGCUGGACGUGCUGCUGGGUAGGCGGGUGGGGAGGAUUCUCGUCGAUGGGGAGAAUGCGGUUAGGGGGGUUAGGUUUGAGGAUGGGGAGGAGAUGGAGUGCUCGUGUUUGUGCUUUGCGAUCGGCAUCAAGGCCCGCGACGAGCUGGCGCGGCAGGCGGGCAUCAAGUGCGCCGACAGGGGCGGCGGCGGCAUCGUCGUGGCGGACGACCUGCAGACGUCGGCGCCGGACGUAUACGCCAUCGGCGAGUGCGCCAGCUGGGAGAAGCAGACGUUCGGCCUCAUCGCGCCGGGCGUCGAGAUGGCUGACGUGCUCGCCUUCAACCUCACCCAAGCCAAGGCGCACUCGGUGCGCAAGUUCAAGCGGCCCGACUUGAGCACUAAACUCAAGCUGCUCGGCGUCGAGGUCGCGAGCUUUGGCGAUUUCUUCGCUGACCGUGAUGGGCCGAAGGAGCUGCCGGCGGCCGUUGUUCGUCGUGCGAAGAAGGAGGAGGACCGGGUCAAGACGCUUAACGAGGAGGGUCCGGCACCGCCGCAAGUCAAGGCCCUCACGUACAAGGACCCGUUCCAGCAGGUGUACAAGAAGUACUUGUUCACGCUGGAUGGCAAGUAUCUCCUGGGAGGAAUGAUGAUCGGCGAUACGAAGGACUACGUGAAGCUGGUCCCGAUGGUGAAGAACCAGAAGCCUCUCGAAAUCCCGCCCAGCGAAUUGAUCGUUGGGGCCAAGAAGGGCGAUGACGAGGGUGGUGAUGAUCUCGACGACGACACUCAGAUCUGCUCCUGCCACAACGUCACCAAAGGCGAUGUCGUCAAGAACGUCAAAGACGGCACGUGCAAGAGCAUCGGCGACGUCAAGUCGUGCACCAAGGCGGGCACGGGGUGCGGCGGCUGCAUGCCGCUCGUCCAGACCAUCUUCAACAAGACCAUGGCUUCGAUGGGCCAGGAGGUCAAGAACCACCUCUGCCCGCACUUCGAAUACUCGCGCGCGGAUCUGUUCAACAUCAUCCACGUCAAGAAACUCGAGUCGUUCGAGCAGGUCAUGCAGGCGUGCGGCAAAGAUCCCCACUCGGUGGGCUGCGAGGCGUGCAAGCCGACCAUCGGCUCCAUCCUCGCCUCGCUCUUCAACAAGCACAUCGUCGACGCGCCGCGCCGCGGGCUGCAGGACACCAACGACAAGUUCCUGGCCAACAUCCAGCGCAACGGCACCUUCUCGGUCGUGCCGCGCGUCUCGGGCGGCGAGAUCACGGCCGACAAGCUGCUCGUCAUCGGCGCCGUCGCGAAGAAGUACAACCUGUACUGCAAGAUCACGGGGGGCCAGCGCAUCGACCUGUUCGGCGCCAGGAAGCAGGACCUGCUGCCCAUAUGGGAGGAGCUCAUCGCGGGCGGUAUGGAGAGCGGCCACGCGUACGCCAAGUCCCUCCGCACCGUCAAGAGCUGCGUCGGCUCGACGUGGUGCCGCUUCGGCAUCGGCGACAGCGUCGGCAUGGCGGUCCGCCUGGAAGAGCGCUACAAGAGCAUCCGCGGGCCCCACAAGAUCAAGGGCGGCGUGUCGGGCUGCGUGCGCGAGUGCGCCGAGGCGCAGAGCAAGGAUUUCGGCCUCAUCGCGACGGAGAAGGGCUUCAACAUCUUCGUCGGCGGCAACGGCGGCGCGAAGCCGCGGCACGCGGAGCUGCUGGCCAAGGACGUGCCGCCCGACGACGUCGUGCCGAUUCUGGAUCGCUACCUCGCGUUUUACAUUCGUACCGCGGACAAGCUGCAGCGCACCGCCCGCUGGAUCGAGGGGCUGCCCGGCGGCAUCGCGUACCUGCGCCAGGUCGUGCUCGAAGACAAGCUCGGCAUCGCGGCCGACCUCGAGCGCCAGAUGGCCGACCUCGUCGCGUCCUUCUUCUGCGAGUGGACCGAGGUCGUCGCCAACCCGGCCCGCCGCGCCCUGUUCGCCCAGUUCGCCAACACGGACGAGACCGUCGCUCCGGCCGUCGAGCCAGUCGUCGAGCGCGAGCAGGAGCGCCCCGCCUACUGGCCCAAGGACAGCGCGAAGGUCGACUUCCGUGGCCAUCAGUGGUCCGGCCCGCUGGCGUGGCAGCCCCUCGUCGAGGCGUCGCGGUUCCGCGAUCUGCCGACGGCGGAUUCGGUCGCUGUUAAGCGCGGCGAUACGCAGCUUGCCAUCUUCAAGGCGAAAGGUCGCUUCUACUGCACCCAGCAGAUGUGUCCGCAUAAGCGCGCUUUCGUCCUCGCGGACGGGCUGGUUGGCGACGACCCGGCGUCGAAGCGGUUGUGGGUCAGCUGUCCGUAUCAUAAGCGGAAUUACGAGCUCGACGGCGAGAAACCGGGGUCGUGUGGGAAUGAUGCGGAGGUUAGUAUCAAGACGUUUGAGGUCGAGGAGAGGGCGGAUGGGUGGGUGUAUGUUAGGCUGCCGCCGGUGGAGGAGCUGGAUGCGCUGCUUGGGACGGAGAGGUGGAAGGUUAGGAAGGGAGAGGCGGGGGAGGAUCCGUUUGAGACGCUGGAUCGGAGGAUUGGGCGGGUGGAGCUGCGGGCGGCGGCGGCGGUGGCGGCGAAGGGGUUGCGGGGGAGGAAGGUUGGUGGUGGUGGUGGGGAGAAUGGUGUUGCCAGUCACCAUCUUGAGAAUGGCGUGAAGGGAGAGGUGGUGAAGGUGAGGCAGGUUGCGGUGGGCGGAGAGGGUGGUUGUGGUGGUGGUGGGGGGUUGGAUUGGUGA